ACUCUACAAUUCACAGAUACAUUUGAAAAUCACACACUAGCCACUGCAGUGUCCUAAAUCUACAGCCAAUCUGCAUAAUUUCCCACAGAGAUGAUAAACAAACAGACUCGGGACAAUACAUUGAAGCGGAAAAUUCACAUAAACCCCUGAACUUGAUCCAUGGAUGCAGCUGCACAUCCUCAUCUCUACAAGUGCAUCUGUAGAUGAGGUGGAUUAGGUGGAUAAAAAUAGGCGAUCGACAUGAGUAGCCUUGUAGGUGAUUGUGAUUGUUGGAUUUUGCCUCCCGUACUGCGUAUCGUAUCUUCAUGUCUUGAACUCUUUUCGUCUCCGAUCAAGGAGUUCUCCCCAGAUAUAAAUACAUACCACCUCCCCUUCUUUCUUUCAGCGACAACAACAACACUCUCCUCUCCACUACUCUAAUAAUUCCAACUCCAAACAACAACACCAACAAAAUGAAAUUCCUCGCCUCCCUCACCUCUGCCCUGUUGGCCACCACCGCCGCAGCAACCCCCCUCAUCUCCCGCGCCAGCGACGCCUCCGCCAUAACCACCAAGAAAUUCCACCUCAAAACCUCCAGCGACAGCGACUCCCACAACAACCUCUACGUCUACGCGUACCACACGGGCGCAGGCCUCAACGAUGCCGUGCUGAGCGCCAACGCAGACGACGCGAGCAAGGCGUUUGUCAACGGGACGAAUGUGCAGUUUGAUCUGGGGACGCCGUUCCCUUGGGGGGUUAACAUGGUUGGGGCUACUAACUAUGGUGCAUGGCAAGGCGUCCAAAUCAACACCGGCUACGGCACUUCCGGCUUCGAGCUUGACAAUGCGCAUUUGAAGUGGAGCGAGCAGAAUGGCUUCGGCGGAUGGUUGGUGUGCGACUGGGUUCACAAUGCUCCCCAGCUGUUUUAUCUGUAUGAGCCGAUGAAGGCGGAUAUUCCGUCGAGCUGCAGCGAGGUUGAGUUGCAGGCUGUUUACCUUUAAACGGUGCUCACUGGACUGCAUGCGAUGCGGUGCGAUCGGGAUAUGAUGGACGAAGACGGUGUAUCUCUAUGAACUUAAUGUACAAUAGUAAUCAUGUCUAUAUCAACUAGCUAGGAUUGCUCAAUUAUUGAAAAAAUGCUCCGACUCUACUACUACUACUACU